CCCCGAGCGGGCGCCGGGCCUGAGCCGGGGGGUCGGCACCAGCUGCGGGGCCCGGCCCGGCCCGCCCGCCGGCGGACACCAUGUUCUCCCUCAAGCCGCCCAAACCUACCUUCAAGUCGUACCUUCUGCCUCAGGCUGAAGAGAACAUAGCGUCAGAACCGAGGAUUAAAAAGCUGGAACCGGUGCUUUUGCCAGGUGAAAUCGUGGUAAAUGAAGUGAAUUUUGUAAGAAAGUGCAUUGCAACAGACACGAGCCAGUAUGACCUGUGGGGCAAGUUGGUUUGCACCAACUUCAAGAUUUCCUUCAUCACAGAUGACCCGAUGCCACUGCAGAAGUUCCAUUUUAAAAACCUCCUGCUCGGAGAACACGAUGUCCCGCUCACAUGCAUUGAGCAGAUUGUCACAGUGAAUGACACCAAGAGGAAACAGAAGGUCCUGGGUCCCAACCAAAAACUUAAAUUUAAUCCAACGGAAUUAAUAAUUUAUUGCAAAGACUUCCGGAUUGUCAGAUUUCGUUUUGAUGAGGCAGGUCCCGAAAGUGCAAAAAAGGUGUGCCUUGCAAUAGCUCAUUAUUCUCAGCCAACAGAUCUUCAGCUUCUCUUUGCAUUUGAGUAUGUUGGGGAAAUGUAUCAUAAUCUAGCAAAGGUGAAUGGUGUAGACCCAGGAGGUGGUGGCGGUGGCAUCGGCAGUGCCAGUGCUCAGCAGACACCUUUGUUUGAAACCUACUCUGACUGGGACAGAGAAAUCAAAAGGACUGGUGCAUCUGAGUGGAGAGUGUGUUCAGUCAACGAGGGGUAUAUGAUUUCUACUUGCCUUCCAGAAUAUUUUGUGGUUCCAUCUUCCUUAGCAGAUCAAGACCUUAAGCUAUACUCCUACUCUUUCAUUGGGAGGCGAAUGCCAUUAUGGUCCUGGAAUCACCCUAACGGGAGUGCCCUUGUAAGAAUGGCCAACAUUAAAGAUGUAUUGCAGCAACGAAGGAUUGAUCAAAGGAUUUGUAAUGCAAUAACUCGGAGCCAUCCCCUGAGAAGUGAUGUUUACAAAUCUGACCUGGACAAAUGUCUCCCCAACAUCCAGGAAAUCCAGGCUGCACACAUCAAACUCAAACAGCUCUGUGUCAAUGAGCCUUUUGAAGAAACCGAGGAGAAGUGGCUGUCCUCACUGGAGAAUACUCGCUGGUUAGAGUACAUUAGAUCAUUUCUUAGGCAUUCUGCAGAGCUUGUCUAUAUGAUGGAGUGCAAGCACGUCUCUGUAGUUCUGCAAGAGGAAGAGGGACGGGACCUGAGCUGUCUUGCUGCUUCUCUCAUCCAAGUCAUGCUGGAUCCCUAUUUUCGAACAAUUGUUGGAUUUCAAAGCUUAAUACAGAAGGAAUGGGUCAUGGCAGGAUAUCAGUUUUUAGAUAGGUGCAACCACUUAAAGAGAUCUGACAAAGAGUCUCCUUUGUUCCUGAUGUUUCUUGACUGCGUGUGGCAGCUGCUGGAGCAGUACCCAGCAGCCUUUGAGUUCUCCGAGGUGUACCUGACUCUGCUGCACGACAGCGCCCGCAUCUCGCUCUUCGGCACCUUCCUCUUCAACUGCCCCCACCAGCGCGUGAAGGAGAGCACUGAAUUCGCUAUAAGCAAAAACAUUCAGCUGGGUGGUGAGAAAGGCCUCAGGUUCCCUUGUGUUUGGGACUGGUCUCUUCAGUUCUCCAGCCGGGACCGCCUGGUGUUCCACAACCCGCUGUACGUGGGGAAGAGCGCGCCGUGUGUGCACAACGGGGCCAUGAAAUCCUUCAAACGCUCCAAGAAAAACUACAGCUCCACACUGCGAGGUGCUCCCCCAGCAUUAAAGAACGGGAUCAUUGGGGAGCAGGAGUUCCUUCCAAGGAGAAACUCUCUGAUACUAAAACUGAAGCCAGACCUUUUCCAACCAGCAGAGAGCCCGAGCCACAGCAGGGAGCAGUUCUUCAGGGACUGGUUUGCAAAGCCUGUGGACCUGCACGGCCUGAUCCUGCCCCACCUCUCUGCAACACAAAUCAAACUGUGGAAACUGUGCUACUUCCGCUGGGUUCCCGAGGCCCAGAUCAGCCACGGUGGCUCCGUCACCGCCUUCCACAGGGUGUCUGUGCUGGCGGAUGAAGUGGACAUGUUGAACCGGAACCUUCGGCACUACAAAAGCAACUCUUCCUUGCAAGGCCACUGCACAGAACUGGAUCAAAGCAGGAUGUACUUCAGAGCCAGUGGUUUCAAUGACACCUCGGGUGCCCCAGACUUUCUCUCCUCCUCAUUCCCCUUUUCUCCUGUAGGGAACCUCUGCAGACGGAGCAUUUUGGGAACACCAUUAAGCAAAUUUUUAAGUGGUGCCAAAAUCUGGCUGUCCACUGAGACGCUGGCAAAUGAAGACUGAGGUGGUGUGAUUUAAAGGUUUGGGGAGAAUACAGCAUAUCAUUUUGUCUUUUCUAAGUUAACACUGCUAAAUGCAGCACUGAAAGCUGUAAUAAUUUUUAUAUACAAACCUUACGUAAGUUUUGCACAGAUAUUUAAAAGCAAGGCAAGUCAUGCUUCAAAUCGCACAAUUUUGUCUUCAAGAGUUCUCGUCUGCUGGGGCUUCUGGUCCCUAACUCCCCCUGUCCUUUGGGGUUUGGCUCAUUAUAUGCAACGGAGCGCUUCAUUAGCUAAUUGAGAGGCUUGGUGUGGUCAUUAAUGUGGGUUCUGCUUGAAAUAUCCUUUUUUCCCAGACAGUGACUGACAUGACCCUUUGAUAAAACAGCUUGGAAAGCCAAAGCAGUGCAGUGGACAUGAAAUGACAGCUGAAAUCUGGGAACAUACUAUUUUGUCAGACAGCCUCUUCAGGAAGAAUACGUUCAUGCAUAGAUACAACACACUAAUGUUCUGUGACUUAUCACCCUACACAUCUGCUAAUGCAGUGUGUAUCCAUGAGAGGGAUUGUUCCUUUUUCUUUCUCUCCACAAAAUGUGUUCAUGAACAAUUAGUCAGAUUUGUGCUCUUUGUCAUGAGCUUGACUUCAGACUGUAGAAAUCCAGGUCAGGACAAUACACUGUUAACCUUAAAACAUUUUACUGUAGAUAUGGUAUUGUAGUAGCUUUAGAAGUGCCUUUAGUUGGGAGGACACAGUAGCAAGAUUACUCUAAUGCAACUGACAGCCCCCAACUUUUCACAAUAGAUUGUUGUGGCAAGUUCUUGUUGCAUCUCCUGCCUCCCCCUCUCAAUUUCUGGAAACAACAGGCGUCCAGAUGAGAUUCUCACUUUUUUAUAUAGGCAUCUCAAAUCCUCAGCAUUAUAUCCCUGCCCAGAUUCCCAUCCCUGCCAACCAUCUCAUUUUUUUGUAGGAUGAGUAGCUUUCAGCAGAACUCCCCCCUGAGCCAAGCUGGGCUCCAGAACGGAAGGCUCAGUCAGUGUCGGGAGCCCCACGAGGGGUGGUGGUGCUGCAGUCACUGUGGGCAGGGGCUGGAAGAGCAGGAAGUGGUGCCUUCUUUUUGCAUUUGUGCACAGCCACAUGGACAGUGCAGUGGACAAGCACUGCUUGAGGGAUUUAAAUCCAACAGCCUCCCUCUGCUUAAUGCAGCAGCCUACUUGCUGUGCUAAAACCUUUUAAAUGAUACCUCUCCCUGGAUGCUGUGCCAGAAAAGGACUCAAGUUUCCCAGGGAGAAAGGCAGGAGUGUAAAGAAUAUUGGGAGGGUGGAGGAAUAGUGAUGGUCAUUGUCGGAGGUUGAGGCUUCUGUCAUCUGCCUUCCCAGCAAGGCUGUAUUUCACAGUAAACCAUGUCUGUGUAAAACACAAAUGCUGUUGAACUCACACUGAGCCCCUGCUCGCAAGUGAAAGCACCAAAGGCCUUACAUGAUUGACUAAAAGCUGUUCUCAGUUUUUGUGGGGAAAGAAGAAAGCUGCAUGAUGGUAAUACACAGUGUAGCAGAGCUUAAAAAAGGUGGAGAGGGAUAGGAUUUGGAGACCUUUUUUUGUUUGUCCGACUGAACUGGUGUUCAGCACAGCCUGAGUCACAGAGCACAGGUGGGAUGUCUGAUGUCGCUCAAGGAUUUGUUUCAGAGAACUUGCAUCUAGAGUGGCCUCGCAGGUGCUUUGUGCUGGAAGAGCCCAGCACACACAGCACCGAGUGUCCCGGGCUGUUCCUGCGCUCCGGGGCUGUGCUGGCACUGCUGGGGCUGCAGAGGGAUGGGCAGGGCCAUGGCCAGGGUGAGCUGUGAGAGGGGUGGGCUCCUCUGGGAACUCCCAACCCCCUGUUUGUGCAAGCUCUGUGUGCACACACAGCCGUGUCUGCACGUGGGCACAGGGCUGAUGGCAGACAAAGCCAGAUCCUUCUGGUCAACUGUUUGUGAGGAAAAAACAUGUAUUCACCUCAACUGCCUAAUUCUGCUGCAAGAUGGGCUGAACAUGUUACAUGGUCCACAAACCAGUUGAGUUUAUUUCCAAGCUUGCUGGAGCAGUCAUCUCACUUGGUCAGUUCAUUAUUCAAACAUUUGUAUUAGUUUGCUUUUGUGAUUUCCUUUUUCCCAUUAGCUUACUGCUUUCCCUGGCCUGAUACUUGACAUAACAGACCUCAACCUGUGUGCUUAGUGUCUUUUGGUACCAAUUUUUUUUCUUUUAAAAUGACAGUUGACUAUAUAUAUUUUUUUGUCUUUAAAAGUAUAACUUCUUUGGUUUAAAGGUACCAAAAAUGUGUAAAUAAAUACCCCACAAAAGCAGCUGGUGGAAUUAAAAAAAAAAGUUAAGGCUACUACCCUUUGGGGGAAAAAAUGGGUACUAUAUUUAAACAGAAUUGUCUUUUAUAAGGAAAUUACAGACAUUUUUACAUUUCAGUUCUAAGAUGUGUACAGAUGCUGCAGAGGGUCUUUGUAUUUUAUAUAUAUAGCAUGGGAGGGGGCUAAAAAUAAUAUGCCUUUAAAAUAAACAGAACCUGUUGAAAUAUGUAUUUGCCAAACAGAUUUAAAAAGACCUUUUAUACCAUUCAAAAUGGGGAGUCAGGUAAGCAGAGGCUGAGAGGGGGCACCUCCUGCAGAGAGGAGGGGAAGGGAUCCACCUUUCCCUGGACACGUGGACAAGGUUCUGCUUCUGGUGUCCAUGGCCUUGCCUUCCAAGGAACCUGAGCAACUGCUGUGUCUGUGUGAGUGAGCGUGUGCCUGUGGGUGUUGGAUCUUCCUCUUAAGUUACACAUCUUAACACUUUUUAAUUUACUUUUGGAAGACAGGUACUAGAUGUUAAUUUUGAAAUAUCCUCCACUGCACAGUUGCCUUAUCAAGUCAGCAGGGACUGCUCUAAUAACUUUCAAAAGCAAUUUUGGGGUUUCAGUAGGUAUCUUUAAUGUCUGUGUACAGAAUACUGACAUGCAAGUGUGUAUAUAUAUAUGUGUGUGUAUAUAUAUAUACAUACACAUUUUCAAAUUUUAAUUUCUGUUCACCAUUUAAAACAAGAUACUGUUAAUGCCAUUUUGGUGUUGCAAGAAUAGAAAAGCUACCAAGAAGCUCAUCCUUUUUUGUCUGUUGGUAGAAAAGCUGGGUUAUUCCAGCUGUUCCUGGCUGUGCCAUGGCUUUGCACCACCCUGUAACCCCUGCAGGGAGCUCAGAAGCUGAGGGGCUUUAGUGACCCUCAGUUCCUGUGAGGUGGAGCUGACUGUGGUGGUACCUUCGCCCUCCCUUCACUGCUGGAUCAGAGACGUGGCUUUCCUUCCAGAAAUGCAGGGAGAAGGGGGAGGGGUGUCUGCCCAGGCCUGCAGUACCACUCUGAUAUAACUGCCUUGUAUUCUUAUGAAAAUGUAGCAAGUUGGGCAAAUGUUUUGGUUACUCUCAGAGGGAAAAACAUUAAAACCAAAAAAAUUCUAACAUAUAUUUAAGCAAAGGAUGAAAUCUUAAAUUUGCCUCUAACAAAGAGACAGAAAUCUGUACCUCAAAUUGCUGUAGGCAUUAGGUUUCUAAUGCUGUUGCUGUGAUUGGUUUAGAGUUCACCAUUUCAACUGAAACUAAAACCUUUGUGCCUGAUAAUGAUUUACUGAGUAAAAAAAAGCAGUGGCAGGAAGAUGAUAAAAUCCUGAUGCUGAGUUGUGAAUGUGAAGUAAAUUAGAGUCAAUAAAAGUUCAUACCUUUCCACAGUGAA